AUGCCCAGACCGAGCCUGGCACGCACCAUCAACAAGGGCGAUGGCAUUUCGUCACAAUCGUAUUAUUCGAGCCCCUACUACGCACAAGGUGACGGCUUUGUCUCGCUAUCAAUGGGCACACUAGGGACGCGAGACAUUAAUGCCACUUACUGUAUCUCCGCUUGCCUGCAGAUGUCCGCCCGUAUCCGCCCGCCCGUCGCUGUGCGCCAAUAG